GGGGCGGUUCCGCUCGGGCCCCGGUACCGGGAAAUGGCCGCGGCCGCCCCUCGCUGAGGGCGGAGCUGCCGCAAGGUUCCGGGGCGGUGCGGGGAAAAUGGCGGCCACCAAGCGGGUGCUGUACGUGGGCGGGCUGGCGGAGGAGGUGGACGAGAAGGUGCUGCACGCCGCCUUCAUCCCCUUCGGCGACAUCACCGACAUCCAGAUCCCGCUGGACUACGAGACCGAGAAGCACCGGGGGUUCGCCUUCGUGGAGUUCGAGCUGGCGGAGGAUGCUGCAGCAGCCAUCGACAACAUGAAUGAGUCUGAGCUCUUUGGCAGGACAAUUCGUGUGAACUUGGCCAAGCCAAUGCGAAUUAAAGAAGGAUCAUCCAGGCCGGUCUGGUCAGAUGACGAAUGGCUGAAGAAGUUCUCGGGGAAGACUCUGGAGGAGAACACAGAGGAAGGAGGAGCGGAGGCACCCAAACAAGAGGCGCAGGAGGGUGAGCCUCCUGCAAAGAAGGCCCGGGCCAACCCCCAGGUUUACAUGGACAUCAAGAUCGGGAACAAACCUGCCGGGCGACUCCAGAUCCUCCUGCGCUCCGACGUGGUGCCCAUGACCGUAGAAAACUUCCGCUGCCUCUGCACCCAUGAGAAAGGCUUCGGCUUCAAGGGGAGCAGCUUCCACCGCAUCAUCCCCCAGUUCAUGUGCCAGGCCGGGGACUUCACCAACCACAACGGCACCGGAGGCAAAUCCAUCUACGGGAAGAAGUUUGAUGAUGAAAACUUCAUUCUCAAGCACACGGGGACCGGGUAAGGGCAGCUCAUCCUGGCUGUGCAGUGAAGGUCUGCGUUGGCCAAACGCGCCUCUGCCGCGGCCAGGCUGUUGUCUGCCUCUGGCGUUCAGCAGGCAGAAGUGCAGCGCUCUCUUUCUGUCCAUGCACCGUUAAUUUCCACUGUGGUAUCGUGGAGAGUUUCAAAGCUGCUUUCCUGUUGGAUUUUAGAGGAGGGAUGUCGCAGUGCAACUACAAGCAUUAGACAAGUAGUAAAAGCAAGCAGGCUUAUCUCCGUACAAACAGCUUUCCUACUGCCGCAACUGAAAAGAGAUUAAUGCUCUCUAUCACUUUCCUCCUUUGAUGCUUGCAGGUGUUUCUUUCUUGGCAUGAUCUGUUUCCACCAGUUUGUGGAGAUUAGUAUUCAGAGACCCUCUUAAAACUGACAGGGUUUUGCAGGGCCUGGGAAUGGGUUUUGGUUAAGUAUUGGCUCACAUGCAGAGCGUGUUGCUCCCACCCUGGCUGUAAUGUUGUGCUUUCUGAUCACAGGGCUGCUGUCGAUGGCAAACUCUGGCCCAAACACCAACGGCUCCCAGUUCUUCAUCACGUGCGAUAAAACCGACUGGCUGGAUGGGAAGCACGUGGUGUUCGGCGAGGUGACGGAGGGCAUGGAUGUGGUGCGGCAGAUCGAGGCUCAGGGCACCAAGGACGGGAAGCCGAAGCAGAAGGUGAUCAUCUCCGACUGUGGGGAGUGCGUGUGACCCCGGCACUGGGGGGAGUGCUGCUCCUGUGCUUCUGCCCAACUUCCCCUGCGAGGCUCGGCGCCAAGUGCCUGCGGACGGCGCUGCGGGGAGCUGCCGAGAGCAACGCGCCCGCCCCGGGUGAAUUGUGCCUGCGCCUCUCGGCGCUCCCCAGGGGGCAAGGUCAGCCUGCUAUCGGCUUUGUGAAGACUUUCUAUUUGACAAAAAUAAAAGCUAGUUUUAAACAUA